UUUUACCUUACAAACUCUCUCUCUCUUCGUCUCUUCUCUUUCUUUCUCUCUUUCGCUCUCAUAUAUUUCAUUUUCUUCACGGCCGAUCGCUUUCUCGGCACUUUCUCGGCAAUUUUCCUACCCGCCAAACACUCCUCCGGAGGCUCUCUUCUCUGCCUCUAAAUCUCUCCGAUCUCCGAAGGUUCUCUCUCUCGUCAAACAGAUCUCCACACAUCUCAACUGUGGCUUCUUUUGAGCUAGCAAACUUAAACUGUGUGUUUAUAGAUGCCAGUUGUAAAGCCCAAGUCCUCUAGUUCUCUAGAAUUGAUGAAAUCGGAGGGAAAUGAUUCUUCAGAGACUAUCAUCAGACAAGCAAUAAAAGAGCCUCUUUUGUCUUUCUCAAGGCCCGGGGACAGCCCAGUUCAAUUGAUCCAAUUGCUUCAUGCUUUAGAUCAGCAAGAACUACCAGGUUGGCCCUUACUCACUCCUCUGAAGGUGCAGAUGCAGAAGUGUGACAAGUGUUCUCUAGAAUUCUGCUCACCCAUCAACUACAGAAGACAUAUACGUGUGCACCAUCGGUUGAAAAAACUUGAUAAGGAUUCUACCAAAAAUAGGGAUCUGCUGGGGGCAUUUUGGGAUAAGCUCUCUUUAGAAGAGGCAAAGGAAGUGGUGUCAUUCAAGAAUGUCACAUUAGAGGGAGUUCCAGGGUCUUCAAUUGUAAAGUCAUUGACAGCACUUACUAGGAAACCGGGAUUUUCUACUUUGCCACAAGUUUAUCUGAGGGCUGGUUCUGCCCUUUUGGAUAUUAUCCAAGCUCGAACUUCAAGAAUCCCUAUAUUAGCCCAGGAAUUAUUUGGUAUCCUUGAUGUUGCAAGUGAAAACACAUUUCUAUGUGGGACAGCCGGAUUGAUGCAAAAGUAUAUUUUUGAUGGGGAAGCUGGGAAGAUUGGCCUUGAAACAAAGAACUUAGUUGCUUGCACUAGUUUUUUGGUGGAACAGAAAUUGGUCAAAGCAUGGCUUGCUGAUCAGGAUGCUGAAGCUUUGAGGUGCCAGAAGUUGCUGGUAGAGGAAGAAGAAGCUGCUCAGAAAAGGAAAGCUGAGCUCUUGGAAAGGAAAAGGCAGAAAAAACUCAGGCAAAAAGAACAGAAAGCAAAGGAGCAAAAACAUGGGGAAAAGGUUGAUGUUGUGGAGUUCAUUGACAAUACAUCAGAGGCUAUGCCUGUGCCACAAGAAGAAACAUGCAGCCCUUCAGCUGCAUGUGAUUCUGACACAUCUGUUCCAGAAAUGUUGCCAGAUCAAGCUCCCUCAUCUUCUGAAGCCUUUCGACACACAAACUCUGAUGAAGAGGCAGGUCCUGAUUCUCAAUCAGGGUAUGGCUUUGAAUAUGCUGAACCAGGCAUUAGCCAGAAUGUUGAACGGAGGAUGGUGCAUGGAAGUGUUCGCCGGCAUGUAACUGUUGCUCGAUGGCAAGUGCCCCCAAAAUCACAAAGGGCAGUGCCCAAUGGAUUUCAUUCAGGUCAAAAUUCUCAAGCAUCAAAGCUUGGGGCUGUGCAAAAGCAUGGGCAUAGGGAUUUAAGGGCUGCACCAGCGGCCAGUGGUAAUAAAGUUUGGAGCCGAAAGCCUAAACCGGAAAUUGAUGGGGAGGUUUUGAAAGCCAGAGUACAGAAAGAGGCAAUAAAUCAACCAGAUCAAAUUAAGAACCGUGAGGUUUUGAUUGGCUCUAUAUGUGUUACACUUCGAAAUUGUGACCAAGAGAUUAAUAACCUGGCUGGAGCUCGUGAAGAUUGCCUGGCUGAGUAUCAAAUGCCAAAGACUAAUGUUCAGGAGAAGCCCAUUAAACCUGAUUCUCUUGUGAGUGGCACAAACCGAUCAAUGACUAAGCUUUGGAGGCCAGUGAGCAGGCAUGAAAACAAAGGUCCAAUGCCAGUUCAAAAUGGCAAUAUUGAAUCUGAACUGGACGUGACUGCUGAAAAGGACAAUGAUCAAAACCCAAAUGAAGGUUGCUUAAGAUCCAAUGCAAUGGAUGAUAAUGAUGGUGCUGCUAAGGAAAGCGUCUGUCCUGGAACAAUGGGGUUUUUAAUCCAUGCUGCAAAAGCUUUUCUUUCAGAGAGAUGGAAGGAGACUAUUACAGCUGACCAUGUGAAACUGGUCCUUUCCCCAGAUUCUGAGCCUCCAGGAUGCCCAGAGAUGGAAAAUGACUCUGAAUUAGUAGCAUCUCAAUCAUCAAACUUUCAUAAACGCAGCAUUCUCGGUAGUGCAGAGAAUCGGUUGGUUAAUGCAGGUGCUUUUGACUCUUCAAUGACCAGGGGUGUUAAAGAAAAGUACAGAGCAAAGCCUGAAAAGGGUGUCAAGAAAAAAUACAUUCCCAAACAGAGCAAUGCUACCUAGUAGGGGAGGCAGAGAGGUGAGGUUUGUUUUUUGUUAUACAAAUGUGCACAGUUUAAUUUACCGUCAUUAUAUUCCUAGCAGAGGUUCCAGUUUUACAGAUGGCCUUCUGUCAGAAAAUUGAAAAAAAGUUUUGCCGGAAAAUCUUUUUACAGAUCAGUCCUUUUUUUUUUCUUCCUGUGGUGCCAUAGCAGAUUGAUUGAUUAGUGAGGUUCUAUUCCCCCUUUUGGCUUAAUUGUCUAAAUUUUUCUGUAAUAAAUUUGGUGUUUCAAUUAAUUCAAAGGUCUUAUUUUCUUUUGCCUUGAA